AAGAGAAGCACUUUGCAGAGGGAAGUCAAAGUGUGCACUCCAGAUUUUAAAGAUGCACUUCUUGAGCUUCCUUCUUACCUUUGUCAUUGCAAUGACCUUAUCCAAUGCCCAGUGUUUUUAUGAACCCAUCCAAGACCAGCAAGUAUCCAACAAAAAAGGCUGCUUUAGGGAUGGAGAGAUGCAUGACUUUGGUGUCUACUGGUACACCAAGGAUUGCUUACGCUGUUAUUGCACCCGAGAAAUAGUGGCCUGUUGCAACAUAGCUGUCACCCCUGUUGGCUAUGACCAAGAGAAAUGUGAGUCUGUUUUCGACGUGGAAUCCUGCAGCUACCAGGCCUUAAGGUAGUUGGAGCUGGUCCCAAGCCGGUUUUCACUGACCAGAUAGCAAAAGCACGGGUCUGACAACCACCAAUCAAGUGUUAACACUGCAAGGACCUUUGUCUGAAUGUGUAUAAAGGAUCUGUAAAAUGUGUGUAAGACAGAGUUUUUGUACUAAGGUGCAAAGCUCUCCUUUCUUCUGCAGAAUAAAGCAACUCUUCCUUA